AUGAGGUAUUUGGUUUACAAUGGUAGUCAUGUUGAUGCUGAUACAUCUUAUGCUGAGGUCGAGGUCAUGAAGAUGUGUAUGCCUUUACUAUCACCUGCUUCUGGAAUUAUUCAAUUUGAAAUGUCUGAAGGCCAAGCAAUGCAGGCUGGUGAACUUAUAGCAAGACUUGAUUUAGAUGAUCCUUCAGCUGUGAGAAAGACAGAACCUUUCAAUGGGACCUUUCCUAUCUUGGGACCUCCAACUGCAAUGUCUGAUAAAGUUCAUCAGAAAUGUGCUGCUAGUAUAAAUGCGGCACAAAUGAUUCUUGCAGGUUAUGAACACAACAUUGAUAAACAGAUCAAAAAUUGUGGUGAGAGUGUUUUCCAGCAGAUAGUUGAGCGUGAUAUCUUACAUGAAAUGGUUAAAAUAGUAAAGAAGAAGCCAGACUUGAAUGUGAGGGAAAAGAUACUAAUCCUAAUUGACACAUGGCAAGAAGCCUUCGGGGGACCUCAGGGGAGAUAUCCUCAAUACUAUGCAGCAUAUAAUGAACUGAAGGCUGCUGGAGUUGAAUUCCCACCUCGAGAAGAGAGCAGUGUACCGUUCUUUACUCCACCCCAGACCCAGCCAAUAAUUUCUCCUGUUACUGAAUACAAUGAUGCUGCUAUUGAGGCCUCUUUACAGUCUGAUGCUUCAGGCCUCAGGUACUGUCUUGAUGACAACUGACUUUUGUUUGUCAUAAACAUUUAUUCAAAUUCUUGGUACUUAUUAGGUUUUAUUUUCUUAUAUUAAACACAAGAUAGAUGCAAAAUAAAUUUCUAGCAAAGACUAGUUUUUUUCUUAUUAAUAAAUUGGGAUAUGAUUCUCCUUCCACCCAUGUUUUCCUGGACAUGUUCAAUAUAAUUGAAUUUUUAUGUGGGA